AUGAUGCUCCGGUACCUCUUCAAGAAGCAGCCAGGGGGGGGGCCCGCGCCCCUCAUUCACAACCCUGUGCGCUGGUGGAUUUUGCUGCUGAUUUGUCUCCACAUGUUUCUCUUUACUGUUGCUGCUGCUGCUUUUGCCUUUCCCUCCAUGUGGGACUUGUACUGCGUCCAGCUGCUCAACAACUCCACCUACUGCGCCGUCUGCGCAGCGGUGGCGUUCGCGAUGAUAUUUUACUUCUCGCUGCUGUCGUGCGAGACCUGGGGCACCGAGCGGGAGUGGGCCGUGGCCACGCUGGUGACCAUGUCGAUGGCCGUGGCGGACUUGUGCACAGCGGGCUGGGGCAUGCUGGUGCUGGUGACCUCUUCGCGGGCCAUUUUGCUGGAAGCAGCAGCAGCAGCAGCAGAAGGCUGCAGCGACUGGAAGGCCUACUUCUUCUACUACGCAACUGCUGUCGUCAUCACUGCCCACGUCACUGUCGCCAUUAGCUGCGCUGCGGUCGCCGUGCUGCUCACCAGAGGUGUUGGCAGCCAGCUCGAGGAACUCAGACACCUAGUUUGA